AUGCAGCUUUGUAAAGGAAUUCUCUUAUAUGGACCACCUGGAACGGGAAAGACUAUGCUUGCAAAGGCAGUGGCAGUGGAAGCUGGUGCCAACUUCAUCGAUAUCUCCAUGUCAAGCAUCACAUAUAAUAAGUUGUUUGGUGAGGUUGACAUGUAUAUCAAAGCUGUCUUUUCAUUGGCCAGUAAAAAGUCCCCUUGCGUUAUCUUUCUGGAGGAGGUUGACAGCAUGCUGGGCCGAAGAGAAAACUUGGGGGAACUUGAGAUAAAAAACGCCUUCAUGAAACAUUGGGCUGGUCUAUCGAAAAAGGAGAAGGAACGUGUUCUGGUUCUUGCAGCCACAACUCGACCUUUUGACCUUGAUGAGGCUGUCACUGGACAGUUUUGCCGUAGGUUUCUGGUGGAAUUACCAGAUGCUGAGAGUAGAUCACAGAUACUAAAGGUUAUAUUGCGGAAAACAACCUUAUCUGAUGAUGUUGAUCUGGUUCGACUUGCUAGGAUGACUAAUGGAUAUUCUGGAAAGGACCUUAAGAAGCUAUGUUUUAGUGCCUCCAACCGUCGAAUGUUGGAGAUAUAUAAUGCGGAAGGUAAAAUUCCUCCAGCUCUGCAUGGAAGUUAUGAUAUCCGAGCUUUGAACAUGCAAGAUUUCAUAUACACACUUGAGAAGGUGUGCGCAAGCAUCAAGUCAGAGUCGGUGGGCAUGAAAGAGCUUCAACAAUGGAACGAACGCUACGGGGAAGGUGGACGUGGAUCUAGAAAGAGGACACGUGACGGCUGCCUUAUGCAGUAUUGA